GCGAGAACAAGUUGCUCGUAGCGACCCACGGAACGCGGUGCUUUCGGUUUGGCAUCCCCUCGGUGCGCCUGGCUUCCGGGGGGGCGGGGGUCUUCUGCCUCACCGCAGAAGAGGAAGAAAGGCACUAGUGGGCUUUUUUAGUCUUGCCUCCGGAUCCCUGAGAACUUCGGAGCUGCCUGGGCCACUCCGCGGACCGGGCAGCCGGUACCAGCUGAAAGAGGGUUGCCCGGCCAGGGCCAGUGGCUGUCUCGCUUCUCUGCACUAUGAAGAUGUCGGAGGAGCGACUCUCAUCGCCGGACGGGCUUCCUUCAUACCAGACUCUAGCUCCAGCCGGUCCUUCCCCCCAGGAUUCCCUGAUGGACAAAAAUACAGACCCUCAACUGAUCCCACCAUCACCCAAUAGAGAUGACCCCCCCCCAACGUCGCCAGAUCCUUUCGCUGGCCCAGCUGUGUCCCAGGAGCUGGGGGAGGGGGACCCAGCUUCUCCCUCCGCACCCCUGGAAGCAAAGUUUGAUACUCCUAGGGACUCGAGUCCUCCAAUCAGGAAGCAAGAAUUUUCUGAAAAUGCAAGCCUGCCUACAGAAGAAACGAACGGGCCAGAGUUGGGGGCUGGAGAAGCCGAGGAAAAUACGUCUGAGGAUCCCGGUCCAGAGGCUGAGGGAGACAACAUUUGGAGCUACAGCUUCUCCCAGCUACCUCGAUUUCUUAGUGGUUCCUGGUCUGAAUUCAGUGCCCAACCUGAGAACUUCUUGAAAGGUUGUAAAUGGGCCCCCGAUGGUUCCUGCAUCUUGACCAAUAGUGCUGAUAACAUCCUUCGGAUUUAUAAUCUGCCCCCAGAGCUGUACAAUGACGGGGAGCAAGUGGAAUAUGCAGAAAUGGUCCCUGUCCUUCGAAUGGUGGAGGGUGAUACCAUCUACGAUUACUGCUGGUAUUCUCUGAUGUCCUCAUCCGAGCCAGAUACCUCCUAUGUGGCCAGCAGCAGCCGGGAGAACCCGAUUCACAUCUGGGACGCCUUCACUGGAGAGCUCCGAGCUUCCUUUCGUGCCUACAAUCACCUGGAUGAGCUGAUGGCAGCCCAUUCACUUUGCUUCUCCCCGGAUGGCUCCCAGCUCUUCUGUGGCUUCAAUCGGACUGUGCGUGUCUUCUCCACAUCCCGGCCUGGCCGAGACUGCGAGGUCCGAGCCACCUUUGCAAAAAAGCAGGGCCAGAGUGGCAUCAUCUCUUGCAUAGCCUUCAGUCCCACCCAGCCCCUCUAUGCCUGUGGCUCCUACGGCCGUUCCCUUGGCCUGUAUGCCUGGGAUGAUGGCUCCCCUCUCGCCUUGCUGAGUGGACACCGAGGGGGCAUCACCCACGUGUGCUUUCAUCCCGAUGGCAACCGCUUCUUCUCAGGAGCCCGAAAGGUGCCCUGCCUGCGGGAGGAAGCAAACAAGAUUCAUGUUCCUCGUUCCACGUGGGCCCUGCCUCAUCCCAGGGAGGAGGAUGCUGAACUUCUGUGCUGGGAUCUCCGUCAGCCCAGUCAUCCGCUGUGGUCCCUAAGUCGGGAGGUGACCACUAAUCAACGCAUCUACUUCAGUUUAGACCCGAGCGGGCAAUUCCUAGUGAGUGGUAGCACCAGCGGAGCUGUCGCUGUGUGGGACAUCAGCAGGGCUGACAAUGAUGGGAAGCCAGAGCCAGUGCUGAGUUUUCUGCCCCAGAAGGAUUGCACCAAUGGAGUGAGCCUUCAUCCUAGUCUGCCUCUGCUGGCCACUGCCUCUGGUCAGCGUGUGUUUCCAGAGCCCACCGAAAGUGGGGAUGAAGAGGAGCAGGUGCCAGACCUUCCCCUACUCUCCCUGCGCCACAUCCACCCUGAGUAUCGACUUCAGCUCUGGUGGUGUUGGGGAGGUCCAGAUCCCAGUAACCCUGAUGACCAGCAGGGUGAGACCAGACAAGGAGGCACAGAGGGAGGCGAGGGUGAGCUUAUAUAAAAAGGUUUUAUAUUAAAAAAAAAGGUUUUAUAUGAUA